UUUCAGCACUGCUCUUGUUUGUGCCUCCGCUGUCUCGCAACAACUGCCCCCACCUCGCCCCUCCCCACAGCUACUGCUUCUGCGAUCGGUCCCAUGGGGGUGUGGACUGCUCCAUUGAGACCGUCUCCCAGCUAGGCAUACAGCAGCAGCGGUGGGCGCUGGUGGGCAGCAACGUGGUGGCAGUGCUGCCAGCCAUGGUGUCGCUGUCCCUGGGGGCAUACCCCGAGUGGGUGAUGUUCUCCCUCAACGGCCUCUGCAGCGCCCUCUACCACCUGUGUGACACGGACGGCUGGUGCGCUGCACGCUACCCCACGCUGCAGUUCGCGGACUUCUACUCCAGCUUCCUGGCCGUGCUGCUGGCCUUCCUGCACGCCGCACAAGUGCCCAUCUGGCCGCGCUUCCUCUUCUUCGUCCUCGCCUCCUUCUCCACCUCCAUCCUCGCUGCUGACCGCGCCACCAGUGGGUGGAGCAUCGUGGUGCUGCUGGCGCUGGGAGCAGCAGCGCUCAUCACCGGCUGGCUCAUCCGCCUCGCUGCUCUGCGCCACUCCCCCCUCCUCCCCCCCUCCUCCUCCUGCUCCGCCACUCAUGCCCCCAACGCCCCUGUGGAAGCGGGUGACUACGCUGGCGAGGCGGUGGAAGAAGAGUCCCAGCGCGGCCUCAUGGGAGGGGAGGACACCUCUCUGCUCUCCACCGCUUGCACGCGUGACCACCGGUGUGGCGGUAAAACGAACAGCACCUCUGAUUGUGGCAGCUGUGGUGGCAGCGCGGAGAGGUCGUGUGGGGUUGCGAGGGCAAGUAAAGCGCGGCAGCAAGCAUCGAUGUGGAGAAGAUCGUUCCACUGGUGGUGGAGGCAGGUGGGUGUGGUGCUGCGCAUGCUGCACAGCCUGCUCGCCGCCUUCCACCUGCCCUCGCUGCUGCUGGGCGUGCUGGCUGCGCUGCUCGCUGCCUCAAGCUUCCUCGUGGAGGUGCCCGACACCUACUGGAUCUGGCACAGGUGA